AGGUCUAGUCUCCGAGGUCAAACUAAUGAGAGCUGUAUAUAUAUUGAACCAUUAGCUGACUGGGGCUAGAGAGAUUGUCUUUAUUCAUAAAUUUCAUCAAUGGGAAAUUUCUUUGAAGAAAAAGAAUCUCUGUAACACGUCAAAGAUUGUAGCACCAAGUGGUUAUAGUUGUUGAUAAUUAAAUCUUUGAUUCAUUUGUAUACACAAGUGAUUCUGACAAAAAGGCGAUUCAAAGAUGAUCAUGAUGAUGAUGAUGAUUCAUUUGUAAAGCUUCAACAGAAGAGGAGUGACGAUUUUGAAGGAGAAGGGAUGGGAGAGGGAAAAGGGUUUGCAUCAGAAAUGUAUAGAAACACAAGUGAAGAGUUGUUUCUGAAAUCUUUGAUGGAUAGCUCAGUGCCAACCAUGGAGAUGUUGGGUUUUAAGAAUAUUUCUUCUUCUCAUCCUCACAACUUUCGCACGGAUAGUGAAGAGCUCUUCAAAAGCUGGCUUACUAAUGGAGAGAAUCAUGGCUAUAAUUCCUCAAGCAUAGCACAUCGAACCCGGCAAGCAUCCAGGAGGAUAUCUACUGAACUAGCCACUUUGACAAGCCAGCAGCCUGGAAGUUCACUGCAAAAGAAAAGAAGCAAUGAUGUAUUAUUUACUCAAAAUAACACAAUCCCUGAUGGAACCUCUAGUGACCUCAACAUCAGGAAUGCUGUCGAAAGAAGUAUGCAGGCUAGUAAUUUAUAUCUGGCCAAGGCCUGGUUUCAUAGUUCUCAACCGAUGACAAGAAGUCGAUCCUCUGAACUGCGGAAGAGGUAUGCCGCUAUGCAAAGUGCUCAGACAAGUUUAGGGAAUGGUGUAAACGAUUUGAAACAAGAGUUUGCAGAUCCAAAUGGUUUUAUUGAGCUUCCUAUGCAUGACAUUGGCAAUCAAUUGGGUUCAUUCAUGUCUCCAUCCAAUUCAUCUUCAUCUACUUUCAACACCCCACAAAUGGGAGAUGCAGAUAAAGUUUCUUCUGUUGUGAACAUGCUUAAGGGUACGCUGGAACGCAAGAAGCUCAGCAAUCAGAAGAUUGAGAAAGAAGCUGUUGAAGAUAGUUCUAAUGCAAUUUAUCAUGAUCAGCAAGUUAUUAUGAACUCUCCUUUUGAUCAAGUAAAUGGUAACAGCAUUUAUGAAAUUCCACAAACUUUCCAAGAAAUUUCAUCUGACCAAGUCAAGGACGCUGGAGGGUUUCAAACAGUUCAGGGACCCAUAGAUCUUGACCUGGAAGGUUUUGUACAUCCUACAAAUGCAAUUCAGUUGUGCACAGUUUCUAGAGAACCUUCUCAAAGUGAAUCUUCUGCUGCUGCACCAGUAUUUUCCUCUGGUUUUGAUGCAUGUGAUGGUCCCAGCAAUUCCAGCCAAACUCUAAGCAUUUGUGAGAGCUCAAGGAAACAAGUAGGAAACAAUACAAGUCCAGAGAAUGGACCUAAAGCCAAAGAUUUUCGAGAACGGAUAAUUGAAAACUUGAAGGAUGACAGAAAGAGGGGAGGGCUAGUUCGAUAUGGAUCUGUGACAUCAGGAGGUUCAGUGGACAAGAGUGACACAACUAAAAAGCGUAGGGUGGAGCGCUCACGAAAAAUGGCAGAGGCAAAGGAAAGGAAUUUAAUACCAGCAAUUCCAACUGAUAUGCAAUCUGUCUUGAAGCGCUGCGAAAAUCUUGAGAAGGAAGUUCGAUCGCUAAAGCUUAACUUGUCUUUCAUGAAUAGGAAGGAUUCUGAACAGACAAAGCAGAUAGAAGAGCUUCAGAAAAAGAAUGAAGAGUUGGCUGAUGAGAAGGAAAGGCUACUUGAAGAGAUUGAAAGAAUCCUUUCAGAAACAGGGAAAAUGUGAAACUUGUUCAUCAUUCAACUAAAUCUUCCACCUCAUAUAUUGACAAAAAAAAAAAAAAAAAAAAAAAAAAAUCUACCACCUCAUACACUCUGUGAAGUAAACAAGAAACUCUCAGGCACAGAUCUUCAGAAAUUAUCAGUGGUCUUCAUGUUUAGGAAUCAAGAACAAGAUGAACUUAAAGACUGGCCUUCAUAUAUUCCAGUGCAGGUGGAGUGGGGGUGACUUGUUUGCUGAUCCAAUGUGUAUGGAUUUUUAUUUUUAUUUUUUUCAAAUUCUGGAUGGGAUAACAAAUUUACAUAUGAACAAGGAGUGUAAAUUUCAAAUUUGGAAGCUAUACUGUUGCCAUUGCUGAGGCUAUUUUCAGUA